CCAGGGAGGGUGAGAGAGAGAGAUCUCAAGACAAUCUAGAAGAAGGAGCAGCCAAUUUUCAGCCUUUCAAGCUGAUACACACUCCCCUCAUUACAAACCACACAAACAGGCUUUUCCUCUACCACACACACACCACACUGUGGCAGGUAGCCUCUGCCCAGAUCAGUGGCUGUGGUAGAAGCCAUCUUAACUGACUCAUUGAGGUUUGAGAGAGGUUUGGAUCCUUCCUGACUGUUUGAGCGUGAGCAGAGUUAGGAGAGCUCGAGCUUCACUUUCUUCUCCAGUGCAGAGAGACGGCACGCCAGGCACGAGGCUCCCCUCUCCUCCCCUCUCCCACUCUGCCUUUUUGCUGGGCUCCAGUCCAGAGAAUGACUGGCUCCAGUGGACCCAAGAGGAACGCAGCCUGAGGAUACAGUACAGCAGUUCCAGCCUUGCCUGCCUGCCUGCCCGCCUGCUGGGACACAAAUGCACUGAGGUUUUUACAAAUCAUCUCCAACACCUUUGUGGGAUUCACAGGGUAGUUGUUUUAAUUUGUAAUUUUUCUGUCAUCAGAUAAGAACGACUGGAUCUAAGCUGGGCACAUCAACCGGCAUACAGACAGACGGACUGACAUAUGGACAGCGAGCAGUGGGCACUGCGGCGUAAAUGUAGCAACUGGACUUCUCUUCUCCCUGGUUACUAAGACCUAACAAGGAUAACAGACAGAGCACUGUCCACCGAGGUAGUGGGUGGAUGCAGCUUUCAUCACACGGCUAUAGGGGAAAGCAGAUACUGUAUAGAAGCUGCAGAGUAUCUAGUUGAUCCUCACUGUGGUGAUCGUCAGAAAAAUAACUCUUACCUCCAAGUAGACUUUUGUUGGAUUGCUUUUUCUUAUUAAAUAUUGUUUGCAGAAACUUAUAGGGCAAAGACUUUUUUCUAUUCAGGGACGUUGUUGCCCUUUGUUGAGUGGACUUGCAGGAUUUCGGUGUAUAUGAACGUGGGGUGUGUGUCUCAAUAAGGAUGGCAGAGUGCUUACGGACUGUGUAUCUGACACUGAUGCUGCUGUAUCUUGUUCUGCUGUGCACGGCUCACACAGCCCAGAGCAUAUACCCAAGGAUACGGCUCUCCCACAAAGAGCUUUGGCAGCUGAACAGGACCUGGGUGUUCCAGGGACAUGGAGCUUCUCUUCAGCCCCAGACCAUGCUUCUGGAUGAGGGCCACGAGAGGCUUUAUGUUGGGGCCAAGAAUACUCUGUUCUCCCUUAGCCUGGACCAGGUCAACACACACCACAGAGAGAUUCAGUGGGCUAGUACAGAAUCUCAGGUCCAGGAGUGUUUGAUGAAGGGAAGGGAUAAGUCAGAGUGUGCUAACUACAUCAAGGUUCUGCAACAGUACAACCAGACCCAUUUGCUUGUCUGUGGAACAGGAGCCUUUAACCCCAUUUGUGUCCUGGUCAGAGUGGGACACACAGGGCAGGACAAGUUUUCUAUUGAAGAAGACAGUAUCAUGAGUGGCAGAGGACGCUGUCCAUACGACCCCAACAGUCCAUGCACGUCUACGCUUUCCAGAGGAGAGCUGUAUAUUGGCCUGUACACUGACUACUGGGAGAAUGAUGGUGCUUUUUGUCGACUUAACAACCAGACCUACACACGCACUGAGAGAGACGACAGGCAGCAACUCAAUGAACCUAAAUUUGUGGGGUCAGCGGUUAUUCCUGACAACGAUGACAGGGAUGAUGAUAAAGUUUACUUCUUCUUCACUGAACGAGAGACGGAUGCUGAGGGAGGGAACAAGGCUGUGUACACUCGUGUGGGGCGAGUCUGUGCGAAUGACCAAGGAGGACAGAGAAUGCUCGUGAAUAGAUGGAGCUCCUUCCUGAAAACUCGUCUUAUCUGCUCUGUGGCUGGACCAAAUGGCAUUGACACACACUUUGAUGAACUUGAGGAUGUUUUUGUGCUCAAGAACAAGGAUGGAAAAAAACCAGAAGUCUUUGGCCUCUUUAGCACAACAAGUGCGGUGUUUAAAGGCUAUGCAGUGUGUGUCUAUCACAUGGAUGAUAUAAGAGCAGCCUUUAAUGGUCCAUUUGCCUACCGAGAGAAACCAGAGCAUCACUGGACACCAUAUGAGGACAAAGUCCCUUACCCUCGACCUGGAUCUUGUGCCAGUAAAGUGAAUGGUGGUGGCUUCUCCAGCUCAAAGGAGUUUCCUGAUGAGGUUUUGCGGUUUGCGCGCUCUCAUCCUGUGAUGUACCGUCCAGUCCUUCCCCAGCACCGUAGACCUGUCCUGCUGCAGACAGAGCCAGGCAGAAGAAAGCUGACCCAGAUCGCUGUUGACAGAGUCCAAGCCCAGGAUGGACACUAUAAUGUUCUCUACAUCGGCACCGACGACUCAGUGGUGUUGAAAGUUAUUACCAUCUACAACAAAGACACAGACACUAUGGAGGAGGUGCUGCUGGAAGAGCUGCAAGUAUUCAAGGUGCCAGCACCAAUAAGAGAGAUCAUAAUCUCACCUAAAAUGCAACAGCUGUAUGUCGGGUCAGAAGUGGGUGUGGCUCAGGUCAGACUGCAUCAGUGUGACCUCUAUGGCUCAGAAUGUGCUGAUUGUUGCUUGGCCAGAGACCCCUACUGUGCCUGGGAUGGUCUGACCUGCUCCAGAUACUACCCUGCUGGAGUUUACACCAAAAGCAGACGAUUCAGGCGGCAAGAUGUUCGCCAUGGCAACGCCGUCCAGCUGUGCAAUGGGCUGCAAAUUGAUGAUGAACAAUGGCACAGAGGUGAAGAGAGGCUGGUGUACGGUGUGGAGAGCAACAGCACUUUACUCGAGUGUGUCCCUAGAUCACUCCAAGCAAAGGUACUCUGGUUCGUACAGCAAGACGAAGAAAAACAUGAGGUUCGAGGUGAUGAGCGGAUUAUCAUGACCUCCCACGGGCUUCUGUUUUUACGAGUGAGAAGCUCUGAUGCUGGUGUGUACGUGUGCCAGACUGUGGAACAUGGAUAUGUGCACACAUUAUUACGCAUCUCUCUACACGUGCUCAGAGGGGAGAGGGUAGAGUCAGCGAUCCACAGGGCUAACGAUGGGGAUGGAGAGAAAGCUGCACCUCUAUGCCACUCCUCUAUGGGCCACUCACCAGGCCCCAGUAUCAGUCCCAGGGCUCUGGUGCCACCCUCAGUCCCAGGCCCCCACUCCAAGCUGUGGUACAAAGAGUUUCUCCAACUGAUUGGCUACGGGGAUGCCCAGAGAGUAGAGGAGUACUGUGAGAGAAUGUGGUGCUCUGUUAAAAAACGUAAAAAGACCAAAAGGAAGUAUGUUCCUCCGGGUGGCGAGAAGAGAGGGAAAGGGAGAGGAGAGGAGAACUCCCACCGAGCGCCAAGGCACACCUUGGACACCUGAGGAGACUCAAGAUUGACUGCACGCACACACACACACACACACACACACGCACGCACGCACACACACACACACACACACACACACACACACACACACACACACACAAACAGUCUAAAGGUCAGACUUCCUCAGUGUUUCUACCAUGUCAACGGUUUUCACAGAAAAAAAACAUCUGUAGCAGGCUGUCUAGCUGUUGUAGCUACAUUUAUAGGAUCAGUAGUUUGACUAUGAUGUUUGUACUUAUUUUAAAAGGCGAAUAAAAAGGUGAAUACAAUACAUGUCAGUGUCAGAGCAGAGGGCCUGGGAAGAGAUUGACAACUGAUUCAGUGACAUUGCCUCUGAUCUGAGACAGAAUAUAAUAUAUUAGCUCCUGUGGACUGACCCAGCCCAACCCAGCUGUCAAUCCAAACGCACACAGAGACUUGCUAGAAACUUGCUACACUAAACCUAUGCCCCACCUCUCAUUCAAUGGCUCAAUAUGACAAACUCUUACUGUAUCUAUUAUGAGAGAAACUAUGUUAAAGAUAAUGGCCUUCAAAUCUUUUUUGAUACUAUGAUAACUUAUUUUCUUGGUCUUUACUUUGAGUUAUGUAGUUGUUUUUAGAUGUCAUGAACUGGAAAAUAUAGUGUUGUUUUUGUACAGUGAAAAAUGCCUUGAGCUAUAUUAUGCUGAUAAUUUGAUUAUAACAUGGUCAUGUCUGUGGUGUGUGUGGUUAUAAUGGCCACAGCAAGCCAACACAUACAGUAAGAUAUUGCAAUGCCACUAUUAUGGAUAUUUAAGGGGUUUGUUUUAAUUAUAAGUAUGCCCUCAAUGGAAAAAAUUACUAUCCAAGCACUUGUGAAAACAGUAACAGUAGUAUGAAAAGUGGUCCCUUCAGUAUAUAUUAUUGUUAUUGUAAGUGUGUACAUUUACAUCUACAGUUGUGAUCAAAUGUACCAACAGUAUUUUGUAUUGCGUAUUGUAUUUAUCUCAAUUUAGGGUGGUCUUUGUGUGCACAUCUGGUAUCUAUUACUGUGUAUACAAAAAGUCAUCCUUCACAGCUAGCUGCUCCCCCUUCUUUCCUUAUUUCUCCCUCUCUUACUUGUUCUCCCUAUCUCCCUCUAUCACCCUUUCUUCCCGUUUCAUUUACCCUCUUUUGUUCGUCUGUAAUGAUGGUGCAGAUGGGAAUCAUAAUUACAACACCACCCUCAGAAGAAAAAAAACAUACACAUAAAUGUUAGGGUGACCAUCCAAGCAUGCCAUUAGAAAAAGUGAUGAGUCUGCCUUCUCAUGAAUAUUCAGUUAAUCCUAAAAUGACAGAAACAUCAAACAAUGUGAUGUUACAGUGAAAUGCGUUGUAGUGGUUGUGCUAACAAUAUAGUCUGGAGGAUCACCUCUUUUUCCAUGUUGUGCCUUAUUUGUCACUUAAGAAAUUUGACCUUGUUGUAUUUCUCGUAUUCAUAAUGAGAUAAAAACAAUCGCUUGGUCUCUGUCAAGGCCUUAUGUCAUCAUUCUCCUUGAAUAUUCUUCAACUAAGAGCUUUGACUUGUGUCUGCUAUACCUCUUAUAAAUACCUGCCAUUAAAAAAAGAUGGACUAUCUUUCCCUCGUUUCACCUCUGUGGUUUAGUCAUCAAUAAUGACAAAGUAUACUCAGUCCACGUCCACACACAGACAUGUUGAGAGUCCGAGCCAGUGAAGCAGAAUAUAAAGAGGUUAAGAGAGAGGCGUGUCACUUAGAUUAAAACAUACAUUUUCAUAUGUAAGUUUUUUUUAUUUUAUUGGGCAACUACUGUAAACAUGAUUAAAGAAGUUGCUAUGUUUCCUAAUAUUGUAGAAUGUGCCAUAUGCUGGUGAAAUACUAAGUCUAGUGCAACCGGUAAGGAAUGAUUGUACUUUUUUGAGCUGUACACUAGGACACCACACUCAUUCAAAUUCUGUCUAGGUAUACCUGAGUCUGUGGGGUGCUGAAGGCAUUUGAGAAUGGAAUUCACGCUGCUGAUAUAUUCCACAUGGCUACCAUAGCAACAGGCUCUGAACCAGUUCAGUUCCCCUCCUCAUCAAAGCUCUCUCUCCCUCUCGCUCUCUCUCUCUGUCAAGUUUUAACACUGUUACUCUGGCCACUGGGCCCCUUCCAGCCAUGCUCCCUGUAGCCACUAAUAGAUCACACUCUAAUGUAUACUGGUCCUCUUAGUUAAACUUAAAAGUGCCUUCUUUUCUGCAGGGACUGAAGCUGGCAUUUGCCUGCUGGAUGGAGCUUCUGACCCCACAGUAAGAUGCCAUAUGGGAACAGAUGCAAAAAUAGAGAGUUGGAGCUGCACAUGUUUUCUUCUAGACAUCAAUCAUUUUGAGUUUCAAGAGGUCAAUUACAUGUAAUGAAAUACUGUAAAUCCAUUCAGCAACAAAUAGAUAAAAAUGUCAAAGGUCACUGAUAAACAGGCUGCUGCACAUGUCUGUCACAGUGUGAAGAUGACAGUGAUUAUCCUUUUCCUCUAUUGGCACCCAUCUCCUUAUUUCCUGCCUCUUUUGUUGCCCCCACGCAGUGCUGUUUCUAUCAGGAGCCAAUGCACUAGAACGCUUUAUUACAAGUAAAAAUUUCAGAGAGGAAGGAGAGUUUAUGAGGCGUAGGAUAAUGAACAUUGGAGGACAAAGAAUAAAAGAGCCUCGACAGCCAUUAACACUCCACAUUCUGUCAGUGUGUACAGUAUUUUGUGGUUAUGUGCACAUGUUUUGGGGACUUUUUGGGGGUUUGCAUAGAAGUCUUGAUGGUAAACAAGAAUAAAAGCAUGGCAGAUAGAAA